AUGGCCGGAAAGGUGUCAGCCAAAACUGAUGUCUACUGCUACGGAAUUCUUCUCUUGGAGGUGUUUACCAGAAGAAAACCUACUGAUGAACAGUUUGGUGGGGACUUUAGUUUGAGCCAUCUUCUAAAUGAGAGUAACAAUGCUGCAACUGAAAGAUCAGCUGCUAGGAAAGAGCUGCUGCUGAUGAUCAUGGGGAUAGGCUUGUCAUGUUCAAGGGAAUCUCGGAAUGAGAGAAUGGAAAUGAAGGAAGUGGUUGCAAGUCGUGGUUCACAAAGGGUCGUUGCUCUGAGGCUCUUCGACAAGGCACUUGAAGGUACAAUCUCCCCAUAUGUCAGCAAUCUCUCCUUCUUACGGCUUCUUGAUCUCAGGAACGAUAACUUCCAUGGUCAUCUUCCCAUUGAUUUUAGUUGCCUCCCUUGGUUGGAAAAACUUUCCCUAUGGAAAAACCAUUUUAAAGGGUUAAUUCCACAAACACUGAGCCACUGUCAUCAUCUCCAAGUACUUUUGGCACCAGAAAACGAAUUCUAUGGAAGCAUUCCAGAGUCCCUAGGCCGCUUGCCAAAACUCAAGGUCAUUAAUCUUUCUGGUAACAGGCUCACAGGAAUCAUUCCAGUCACUUUUGCCAACCUCUCAAAACUGGACACUGUUGAUAUUAGUCAAAAUCACAUACACAUUAAGAUUCCUUUUGAGUUGGGAAGCGCAACCCGCUUGACAUGGUUUAACGUGCAAAUGAACAAUCUCAUUGGUGCAUUGCCCGAGAGUUUGUUUAACCUAUCUGCUCUUCAGUUUUUGAGCUUUGAGAUGAAUCAACUCACAAGGCAUCUCCCUAAAGAUGCUGGCCGCUUUCUGCCUAAUCUCAAGGAACUCUACUUGGGUGCAAACAACUUUGAUGGCCCUUUUCCACCUUCUUUUUCAAAUGCUACUAGUCUCCAAAUUCUUACGGCAGAAGACAAUAAAUUUAGUGGUCCUAUACCGUUAGAAUUAGGUAGUCUGACACAACUCAGGAGGCUCUGUCUUUGGGGAAAUAUGUUCACCAAUGCCCCUGGCAGUCGUGAGCUUUCCAUUCUCACAUCCUUCACCAAGUGUCGAAUGGUAAAAGAAAUUUAUCUCUCAAAAAACCUUCUAAAUGGUAUUCUUCCUGCCUCCAUUGAAAACCUCACAACCACCUUGUGGAACCUUGACCUUUCCUUUAAUGAGAUUGAGGGUACUAUCCCAUUAGCUUUCACCAACUUGACAAAGUUGAUGUCCUUAGACUUGAGUUUCAACAAAAUAAAGGGGUCUAUUCCACCAAAUAUGGGAUCAAUGGAAAAGUUACAGGAAUUAACUCUUUCUGGCAAUGCCUUAGAAGGUUCAAUUCCAAAGUCACUUUACCAAUUGGUCCACAUGGGUAAUCUUUAUUUGGACAAUAAUGCACUAAGUGGGCCAAUCUCAACCUCUAUAAACAAUCUCACGAAUCUGCAGAAGUUGUAUUUAAAUUCAAACAGUUUUUCAUCAGCACUUCCUCCUGCCCUUUGUGAGUUGAAGGAUUUGAUAUGGCUUUACUUGCAAGACAACUCUUUCACUGGUCUCCUGCCUUUAGAUGUGGGAAAUUUGGUUGCUUUGGACAAAAUGGAUAUCUCUGUAAACCAGUUGAGUGGAGAGCUGCCUGUGUCCUUAUCAGAGCUCCAAAGGCUAGAGUAUUUGAAUCUCUCCAAAAAUUCAUUUGAUGGCCACAUUCCCGGAAACCUUGAUGGUAUGUGGGUGGCUGAAGCGUUUCCACUUGCAAUUUCAGAUGUCAUCGAUGGUCAUCUUCUGAAGCAAAGUAACAGUGAAGUGGUUUCACAUCAUGCUGCCGAAGGACAUCUUCUGAAGCAAAAUAACAGCGGAACUGUUCUAAAUGAGCUGCUUGUCAUGAUCAUGGAGACGGGGUUCACUGGCACCAUUCCAGUUGCUUUUGCCAACCUCUCAAAACUGGAGCACUUUAAUAUUGGUCACAAUUGGAUGCAUGGGAACAUUCCUCCUGAGUUGGGAAGAUUGAGCCGCUUAACAUUCUUCAGCGUGGAGUACUUGUACCCUGCCACUGGGACGGUGCCUGAGAUCUUGUUUAACAUAUCCACUCUUCAAAUUAUGACUGUUUUGGGCAACCACCUCACCGGGCAUCUCCCAAGAAACAUUGGUCGCUUUCUGCCUAAUCUCCAAGGCCUCUACUUGGGUGAAAACAAUUUCAGUGGCCCACUUCCAGCUUCUCUUUCAAAAGCGACUAAACUCCAAACUCUUGUCCUAGCAUCCAACAAAUUUAGUGGACCAAUUCCCUUAGAAUUAGGUAGUCUGCCACAUCUCAGGCGCCUCUUCCUUGGGGGAAAUAUGUUCACCAAUACCCCUGGCAGCCGCGAGCUUUCCAUUCUCACAUCUUUCACCAAGUGUCGAAUGCUAGAAGAAAUUUAUCUCUCACCAAACCUUCUGAAUGGCAUUCUUCCUGCCUCCGUUGGGAACCUGACAACCACCUUGUGGAGCCUUGACCUUUCCUACAAUGAGAUUGAGGGUAUUAUCCCGUUAGCCUUAGCCAACUUGACCAAGUUGAUGUCCUUAGAUUUGAGUUUCAACAAAACAAAGGGGUCCAUUCCACCAAAUAUAGGAUCAAUGAACAUGUUACAAAAGUUAGGUCUUUCUGGCAAUUUCUUAGAAGGUUCAAUUCCAAACUCAGUUUACCAAUUGGUCCACGUGGGUAAUCUUUAUUUGGACAAUAAUGCACUAACCGGGCCAAUCUCGAACUCUAUAAACAACCUCACCAGUCUGCAGAAGUUGUAUUUAAAUUCAAAUAAUUUAUCAUCAACAAUCCCUCCUGCCCUUUGUGAGUUGAAGGAUUUGAUAUCAGUUUACUUGCAAGAAAACUCUUUCACUGGUCACCUACCUUUAGAUGUGGGAAAUUUGGCUGCUGUGGACAAAAUGGAUAUCUCUGUGAACAAACUGACCGGAGAGUUGCCGGUGUCCUUAUCAGAGCUCCAGAGGAUAGAGUAUUUGAAUCUGUCCAAAAACUCAUUUGAUGGCCACAUUCCAGAAAAACUUGAUGGCAUGGUAAACAUUCAAAUUAUUGACCUUUCCCACAAUAAGCUUUCUGGCGAGAUCCCAAAAUCAUUGAAAAAUCUUCGACAACUCCAAGUGUUGAACCUAUCCUUCAACCAAUUGGAAGGAGAGGUUCCAAGUGGAGGGAAUUUGGCAAACCUUUCCACCGAGUCAUUUGUAGGGAAUAAUGCACUAUGUGGAGCUCCUAAAUUUCAUUUGCCGGCAUGUUUAGAUAAAACCAAGAAGCACAAGAAAGCUAUGCACACAACUAAAGUAGUUGUUGGUUCUGCAAUUGGGGGCUCUGCUCUUCUUUUGGUGGUUUGCAUGCUCAUUGUUGUCCUAGACAAUAGAAAGAGGAGGUCGGUGAAACUUGUUGAUGUUAAAGGUUCAGACGGAAUUGCACUCCCAGUUAUUUCAUAUAAAGAGUUAUACCGAGCAACAAACAAUUUCAGCAAUGCAAACUUUAUUGGGAGUGGAAGCUUUGGUUCAGUGUAUAAAGGAGUUCUAACAGAUGGAACAACAGUGGCUGUGAAGGUCCUAAAUUUGUUAUUUGAGGCAGCAUCACAAAGUUUUGACAUUGAAUGCAACGUGAUGCGCCAAAUUAGGCACCGAAACCUUGUCAAGGUGAUUACAUCAUGCACCAAUAGAGAUUUUAAGGCUUUAGUUCUCCAAUACAUGCCGCUUGGGAGCCUAGAAGUAUGUCUGUAUUCCGGUACCCAUCACUUGAAUCUCUUCCAAAGAUUGAAUAUCAUGAUUGAUGUUGCUUGUGCUCUAGAAUAUCUUCACCAUGGUUGCUCGGAGACAAUAGUUCAUUGUGAUCUGAAG